CCCUUUCGCCUCCCACCUCUGCUCCCUCCAUCGCAUCUCCCGCUUUCCCAUCAGCCGCCAUGUCCGUCGCUCUCGUCUCUAUCCUUGACAACGAUCUAUACAAGUUUGGCAUGCAGCAGGCCGUCUUGAAGCUGUAUCCAAACGCCCAUGUUGUCUAUCGCUUCAAAAACCGCGACCCUUCUAUGAGGUUCGACCGGCCUGGCUUUGAGCAGCUCGUUGCCUCCAUCAAAGGAUUCGCCAACCUGCGCCUGACUUUGGACGAAAAGGCGUACCUGACCAACAAAUGCCCGUACUUCGAGCCCGAGUACAUCGAGUAUCUCGAUCGGUUCCGCUUCGAUCCCGACGCCGUGAGCUGCCAGCUCGACGACACCACGGGCCAGGUCCAGAUCGAGAUCAGCGGCAAAUGGAGCGAGGUCAUCCUCUUCGAGGUGCCCGUUCUGGCGCUCGUCUCGGAGGUGUAUUUUGCCCACAUGGACCGCAACUGGACCAGCAAGGGCCAGUUCGAGCGGGCAUACGAGAAGCUGCAGCUGCUUGUCGGCAACGGCUGCGUCUUCUCCGACUUUGGCACCCGCCGGCGCCGGUCCUUCAAGACCCAAGACACCGUCGUAAGGGCCCUCGUCGAGGGCUCCCAAAGCGGCCAGCUCCAAGGCUCAGGCCAAUUCACGGGAACCAGCAACGUCUAUCUUGCGAUGAAGUACGGCGUGCCGCCCAUCGGCACCGUCGCCCACGAAUGGACCAUGGCUGUCUCUGUCCUGGAGAGGGACUUGCUCCACGCCAACAGGAAUGCCCUCCGCAAAUGGCUCGAGGCCUAUCCAAGACACUUCAAAACCGCUCUUACAGACACCUUCGGAACCCAGGUCUUCUUUGAGGACUUUGAUGCCGCCCUGGCAAACGGCUUUGACGGGCUGCGCCAGGACUCGGGCGACCCCAAGGUCUUUUUCGAUCUUGCCAUGAACCACUACCGCAAGCUCGGCAUCAGUCCCGCGGGCAAGGCUCUGGUGUUUUCAGACUCGCUCAACACUGCAAAAUGCAUCGAGCUCGCGCGCUUGAUCCGGGAGAAUGGCGAGGGCAUCAAGGCCCUCUUUGGCAUUGGCACCUUCCUGACCAACGACUUUGAUCGAGUCGACCAAGCCACGGGAAAGCGGCUCGAGGGCCAGAAGAGCAAAGCUGUCAACAUCGUCAUCAAGCUCUACCAGGUCGAUGGAGAAUACGUCGUCAAGCUCAGCGACGACGUUGGCAAGUACCAAGGCGAUCCCGAGGCUGUCAAGAAGGCUCUGGCCACCUUUGGUCGACAAGCCGCCAACUAAGCCGAUCUCAACAGAGAGGGACAGACGAGGAGAGUACCCUUUCCCCCUUGACCUGGAGCUUCUUGGGCAUCACAGCCCAAGCAAGUCAAGUCGUGACCCAUUUUACACUUGCUCAAGCACCCAUGAGUUGAAUUGCAGCUCUUCCAGCCACCGAGUUACCGCCACGCCCGCCCGCUUCAAUCCUUUCCGCAAUUUUGCUCGAUCUGUCCACCACUGCGUCUGCCGCCACCCUUGCAAUCACAGCUUGAUCCGAAUGAAACGCGACAUCUUUGAGCUCUGCCAACGGCGCUGUCUUGUCUCUUUGUGGUCAACAAUGAGCAUACGCAUUCGCCACCA